AUGGGUCAGUGUGCCUUAGGGGAACACUUCUAUCCCAUAUGGGCCAAUAAUGGUGCGCCAGAUAUUUAUAAGAUACUUGGAGGUGCCAAAAUGCGUCAGGUGGACAAAGAUUAUUCAUAUAUGAAUAACGAAAAAAUAAAUGAAAAUCAAGAGGAUCUCUACGUCAGUAACAGUGGUAAACUGUGGAAUGCUUCCUUAACGCGUAUAUAUGACGAGGAUCUCUACGUGCAUAUAUCAUCGGACAACGCGACAACAAAUAACAUGAAAACUCAAUCCGCAUAUCUACGUUAUUUACCCGAUGCCGGUAAAAGGUUGCGCGGCAGCCCGACACACUGUCCAACCAAUGCUGAUAAGGUAGGAUUUGAUUAUGUCGAUUGUUGGAUCCUCGAUUUGAAUAAGAAUGUGGCGGACACAUGGAG